CGCCGUAUUCACCGAGCGAUAGUCGUCGAGAUAUUAUAGAGAACGCGAGAUCGCGAUUAAACGUGGAAAUCUUCGAUCGAUCGAUUCGGUUUCACUCGCCAAUUCCUUAUCGGACAGUAUUAAUAGUUUAGGCUGACGACUACGGUCUCGUAAUUAGGUUCUUCGAAAAUAAUUCUCAGUGAAACAAUGUCUUCAGUGAUGUAUGAAUCCUUGAGCGACAAAGUGGCGAUGUUCAACCAAUACGCGGACCAACACAAGGACAAGCAGAACAAGAAUCCGUUCACGUCCGGAUUGAACCUCGAGAAGAAGACGUUCUCGAAGGAAGAGUAUGGCAGACCGAAAGCCGGCUCUUUAACGGACAUCCGCGGUCGCAAAGCUGCCGCGCAUAUCCUCAAAGAAAUAGUCGAACUCUGCGAGAUCAUCUACCAAGAGGGCACGCCGUGUCGGGACCACCCUGAGAUCACCGCGAUCACGUUCGGCGAUCUGUUCAACCUUUACACCCACAUCAACGACAAAUGCGUCGGACUUCUAUUGAGGGCCAGGAAACAAAAGUUGCUUGACUUCGAAGGCGAAUGCCUUUUCCAGAGGCGGGACGACGACGUGCCAAUAUUCCUGGUGAAACCGAUCGCCGAGAUUCGCCAGAUGUUGAAGCAACGACUACAGGAGAUGAAAGAGUCGACGCCAGUCAGUUAACACUUACCCCUUCCGCUAUGCUCCCCGAUCGUUCGAGCGAUUGUUAACGCGUUGUUGUUCCGCCUCUGUCCCUCCUGUACCGAUCCAAACGACCGUAAAAAAACGCAACGCGUGCCGACCAUAUUGUAUAGCAUGUAAUUCGUAGCAUGUAAUUUUUGAGUUCGAGAGUGCAUAUCUGAGCCGAGUGAUUGUACCUUGACGCGCGCUAUGACGUAGGAUCGAUGUAAGAAAUCGAACACCUUGACAUGUGAUAUUCUAUAGGAUACUAGGAAUAAAAAUGAGUUUUUUCUAGAA